CCGAAACAAGGACCAUUAUUGUAAUAGUUGUCGUCUGUUGGUGUCAUAUCGAAACAAUCUUAAAACAUUCUACGCAUUUAAAAGCCUGGUUGCUGUCCCUUCGUUCUUCUGCUUUCAUCCAGAUACCUUGGCUGCCCUUGACAUCAUCAAAUAUUUUAAUUAUGAAUAGUUCAAAUAAUACGGAAUAAUAACAUAAUCAGGAAAUGAACAGCCAGUACUUUCGCCUUGAAGUACUUGCUUGUGAAACUGGAGAGCUGAAAAACUUCUGGGAGAAGACAAUUGAGAAACAAACUCAGUACCUGGAAGCUGAAAAAGACCGCAAACAAAAAAGUGCCCUGACCAAUAUCUGCAGUUUCCAUAUCUAUGGUACAGCUGCAGAAUGGAACCCACAUGAAUUUCAAGGUCCUCCUGUACCUCCAGCCAAAGCACAUGGCAGCUCAGCCUCUUCUUUACCACCAAGAGAGUGCAGAGUCUUCACAUCAUGUACGGUGCAGAGUAAGAAGAGGUCAACCAAUGAAUGCUCCAACAAACUAAAGAAGGAUGAGACUCCGAAAUGAAUGGAAAGAAAGGAUGGAACAGAGAAUAAAAAUGCUAAACACCCCCAGUGAAGAUGAAGAAGCCCCUAACUGAAGAUCACAUCAUGUAUUUGACUGAAAUGCUGGCUUAAAUUAAGAGAAGAAAGUUCCAUUGAGCAAAGCUAUGUCUGGCUUACAUACAUUUAGAAAUUUCACCAUGCCUUUGGGAGAAAUGAACACAUGUACUACUCUUUGAGUGUCUGGCUACAUGACUUCCUUAUUUAGCUAUCAGACAGUAAUUAGCUGGAUUUUUUUUCCCCCAUGAGAGCUAUGUUGGCUCAUCACUGAACCGAAAGAUGUGCAGCUCAAAGUCUGUUAUGCUAGGAAGCACACCAGUUCCCCUUGCAGGUGUUUGCAAAAAAAAUUCUUCCCCCAUUCUCUCAAUUUAAAAAAAAAAUAGUUUGUUCAGUUUUUGUUUUACAAGAAAGGCCUAAACAUAAUAUCAAACAGAAAGUAGAAAUGCAAUAAUCUUUCAUGACUUUUUGAAUGUACUGUUCUAUCUCAGGCACACAGUAUCAACUUGGUAAUAUAGCUUUUCAUAACCGAGGGCAUUUGCUAAAUAAAUAAUAUGAAGACAGAA